AUGUUAAACACAUUUAUGAAUCAUGAAUAUUCCAAUAAGUUUAUUGCAGGAAUUGGAACUCCAAUUGACAUAUCGCCAGAAUCGAUGACAGUUGGAUAUGUUCUUAAAGCUCAGUAUUUUCUUCCAUACAAUGAAUCACAUUUAUAUCCUACAAGAUUUGAGAAAAGAGACAUAGUUGAUGAUCAUCGUCGUUUUAUGACGUAUGAUACUACAAAAUCAGGAAUAGAUGAAUAUUCAGACGAAAAUGAAUCUCUUAAUGACAAUGCAAGGUGGUCAAUUUAUCAAAUUUUAAGUCUACAACUUCAGAAAUCUUUCAAAGUUGAUGGAAUGAAGUGUAUUCAAAAGUAUAUUUGCGAAGCUACUCAAUCUUCAUUCUCUUAUAAAAGUGGUUUAUUGGGCGAAAUUCUUCAUAUUUUGCUAGUACCAUCAACUACAACAUUGGAGAGAAAUGAUUAUACAUACGCUGAGGAUAUUGGAAGAAAAAAUAUAAAUUGUCAAAGAGCUUUUGCAACAUGCGAGUUGCCAUUACUAAAUUAUUUCUCAUCUCUUCUUUAA